AAUAAUAAAUAAACUUUUUGCGGGUCGGAUCUUUGUUGUUAUUUCCACGUUUAUCUUUGACUAAUGUUUGAUUUAGGUCAAUGAUUAGGCCUAUCCACAAUUAACGUAAUGUAUAUAUACUUGGCAAUGGCGUUUCUUUACUUAGUACAAGAUGCUAAAGGAGAGGUUCCAAUUGUCUUCAUACCUUGGCAAGGCACCGACACUGACAUUGAACACAACCGGUUCGUUCUCAUGAAGUCAAAUUCAACCAUGACAACACUGGUCCAGCAUCCCUGUAACCCUGAUAUUUCAAUGAUCAUAAGUAACUUUCUGUACCUAUCCACAGAUGCCUUUCACACAUCUGUACAGCCGCUCCAAAUUCCGUUCAAUGUACUUCAGCAGAGUUAUAGUGCCUUUGUGACAAGCGUUGCAUUUGUCAAAGAUGCUGUGCUAUUGGUUAUGAAUGGUGAGCUGUUGAAGCUGGAUUUAAACACUAUGAGCAUGGCCGUUGCUAGUGGAAUAUCAAAUCAUGUGAACCAUGUCGUUACUGCCCCCUGCUGCUACAUGGAAGACACCCGCUGGUGUAGAGCACAUGAUUCAAUAGUAUUUGCAUUUAAUUCGGAAAUAACGAACGAUAAACCAAUGAUCUGGUGGUCGAAAGAUGGUGGACAUAAUUUUGUAAUGGUCAACGUGACAAUAGACGAAGACAGUCAGGGGCAGUCUGUAAUAUCCGGUGUGUUUCCUCAUCCUUUGAAAAAUGAAGCUACCCUGCUGGUGCAAAUCAACUCUUCCACUACAUUGAUGAAGAAUUUCAACUACUUAACAAGCCAGUUUAAAGACUGGUCAGAAAUUAUUCCAUUUUCUACUCGAGGGGAGUAUGUCCCUGCCAGUCAACUUAACUACAGGACAGAGAGCUUUAUCUGUUGGAAUGAACAUACAAUUUAUUACAGCCCUGUGGCUGGCUCUGCUCUGCGUCCAGUACGUUUCAGUGGGCAGCAGAAUAACACACACAUAAACAAUGGAGAAGACAUUCUCAUGGUAACCCCAGGUUACAGUGGAUACUUUCUUCUGUUAACUAAUCAGCAGAGAGUAUUCUUAGGUAGGGAAGAUGGGAUGACAGCUGAGGUUACAGAGGUCAGUUUCAUUUUAAUUCAUUCAUAUUAAAUAAUCAUAUUUGAA